AUGCCCUCACUGAAGCGACCACUGCCCGUGCUCAUCAUUGGAAAUGGACCGGUUGGGCUGCUCCUCGCGUACGGACUUGUCAAGCAGGACGGUGACUUGACGCUGACACCAGUGCCCGUGAUCCUCGUCGCUCGACACCUUCGCCGCCUCGGCGUGCCGAAAGCGCACGCCCUGUCCCCCCGCUCCCUCGAGAUCUGCCGACAGCUCAACGUUCCGGUGCAUGUGCUCCGAAGUCUUCCCGCGCACCGGGAGGACGCACAGUACGUCCAGUUCGUGACAAAUCUCAGCGGACAGAACCUCGGACGGCUAGACUAUGAGCGAAUGCACGCCGACGUGCUCAACUACUCGCCGGAGAUGACGCACAACGUGUCCCAGCCGGACCUGGAGGAGAUCCUGGAGACGCUGCUGCUGCAAGACCCGACGACGCAGCACCUGGUCGACUACCGGAAGGGCUGGACGUGGACGGGGUACGAGGAGCGGAUGGACGCGAAUGGGACGACGUAUUGUGUCUCGCGCGUCGAGGACACGUACACGGGCGAGGAGACGACGGUCGAGAGUCUCAUGAUUGUCGGCGCGGACGGGGCGAACAGCGCUGUGCGCAACGCGCUCGGCAUCAAGAGCGAGGGCGAGCAGACGGCCGACGUCAUGAUGACGAUCCACUUCCAUGCUGACCUGCGCGCGGUCGUCGGCGACCGCGUCGGUAUGCUGCACUGGAUCCUCGACCCGGAGGCGCGCGGGUUCAUCAUCUCGUACGACCUGGACUGCAACCAUGUCCUCAUCCACAAUGUGGCGCCAGACGACCCGCUCGCGUCCUUCACCCCAGACAAGUGCAUGCGUAUCGUGCGUGCGGCUAUUGGGCAGGACGUUCCCUUCGACUUUGAGUGCAGCAUGCCAUGGAUCCUCACCCGCAAAGUCGCGAGGCAGUACUACCGCGGCAACGUUGUGCUCGCCGGCGACGCCGCCCACCAGUACCCUCCCACCGGUGGACUCGGCAUGAACUCGGGCAUCGGCGACGCGCACAACCUCGUCUACAAGAUCGCAGCGACCUACCACGCCUGGGCCGACAUGCCCGCCAUGUUUGCGAGCUACGAGGCGGAGCGCCGGCCCGUCGCGGUGCGCAACAGCCUGCAGUCGGUCAAGAACGGGAAGAACAUCUUCGCCAUGCUGAAAGCGCUGGGCACGACGAGCUCCGACCCCGCCAUCGCGCGCAUGGAGAUGGAGCGCUCGCUGGCCGAUCCGCGCAAGCUGGCGCACCUCAAGGCGCUGAUCCAGGAGCAGGCCGAGCACUUUGACAACCUCAACCUGCACCUCGGCUACAUCUAUUACAGCGCAUACCAGCCAAAGUCAGCGUCGACGUACCACCCGGCGUACGUGCGCGGCGCGCGCAUGCCCCACGCGUGGGUCAAAUCCAAGCAACCCGUGUUCAACAACCUCAAGCCCGUCGACCUCUCCUACAUGGCCGGCGACAUCGGCCAGGACAAGCUCCAGAAGUGGCAGUACUCCACGCUCGACCUCGUCCCGGCCGCGAGCUACGUGCUCAUCCACUCCGGGUCAUGGGGGAAGAAGGCACUGCAGCUCCGCAUGCUGCUUGCAGCGCACCGCAUCCCGCUCGUCAUCCUCGAGGCGGGCAAGGACUUUGAGUUUGUCGACAAGAAGGCCGGCAAGGUGUGGCAGGACGGGUUUGGACUCAAGCAUGGUGCGGUGCUCGUCCGGCCAGACCAGCACGUCGAGGCCGUCCCGGGCAAGGACGCAGUGCCCCAGGCCAUCGUUGACCAGGUCCUCCUCACGCUGACUAUCUGA